AUGUCGCCCAAUCUCUCUCCUCGAGAAGAGGAAGUCAUCAAAAUCAUCUCGCCUAUAAAGUUCCAUCGUCUAUUCACCCUUCCCGCAACCGAGAAUCACGGGCCAUUGAAAGUCUCGUACUCAAUAGCCGGCCCUGAGGAUGGCGACGUUCCAACGAUCUUACAUGUGGGAGGAAUGGCGCACACGAGGUGGUACAAUAUUUGGAACGAGCAUUUAGCGCAAAAGGAGGGCGUGCGGAUACUUUGUAUCGAUAGACCGAGCUUCGGCGCCUCAACCCCAGUCCCCCUCGACCAACGCCUCCCCAUCUUCCUAGAAACCGUGCCAGCCCUGCUCGCCCACCUGCACAUCCCACACAUCUCCCUGGCCUCGCACAGCUCCGGCACGCUCUUCGCGCUCAACCUCCUCGCUGCCCACCCAGCCCUCCUCUCCCCAGCCCACCCAACCAUAACCCUGAUCUCGCCCUGGGUCCACCAAUCACACACCGCGGUCCUGUCCCUGGUCGCGGCCUCGCACCUGCCGAACCCGCUCUUGAACUACUGGGACGCCAUCAUCAAGUUCGGAGUUACCCGCGCCGGCCCUGCGCUCGGCACGAGCUCUGGCGCUUUUUCGGCCUUGACGGGCUGGUUCAGGACGUCUGGGGUUGAGAGGGGGAGGAGGGGGGAGGAGGAGGAGAGGAAGUGUAGAGAGGCGUUUGGGAUUACUGGGGAGGUGAGGAAGGAGGUGGAGAAAACGAUGUUUAGGUAUGUGUUUGAGGAGAAUACCAAGGGGGCGAAUGAUGAGGCGAGGUUAUGUUUGAAAUCGACGGAAGGAUGUGGGUGGCUUGCUUGUGAGGAUUAUCCUGAGUUUGUUAAAAGUACCAAGGACACGUGGGAGCAUAGGAUUGAUGCGAAUGACGGGGCGGGGAAGUUGAGGGUUAGGAUUGUGCUUCCGCAAGAGGAUGCGAUGGUUGGUGAGAAGGGGAAGGAGUAUUUUAAAGAGUGCUGGAAGCAGGAGAAGUGUGGAAGGGGCAUUGAGGUGGAGUGUGUUCAGAUCAAGGGGACGGAUCAUGAUAGUGUGACGAACCCUGAGAAUGGGAUCUUGGAGUCAUUGUUUUCAGCAGCAAAGGGACAAUGA